AUGGGCGAAGUUGUUGGUGAGAGGGCGAUCACGCCUUCAGACCUCUCACUGAGUGCAACUGAGGUCGGAUUGUGUCUGCACCUUGAGGGAGAGGCCGUUGAGGACUUCGGAUUCCCAUGCAAGGAGGUUCGCUGGGAAGAACAACCAGUUGUGAGCGUGCCGCCGGAUGUUGAGAUCGGAGCCCAGCAGCAAGUGGUGCGGGCUACCAUGGCAAGGCCCGAUAGCUUUUGGAAGCCAACCUCGAGAGUCUCCCUGGCCGCAAGGGAGCAAUCAGGUGACCACAUCCUCUACGAGCUCCGGUUCCUCAAAUUCACCGUCAAGGGGACAGGACAGGGCAAAGCCAGGGCAGCACUUCGUCAAUUGAUCGAGCAGCAGAAGCAGCAGGCGGCGGGCCAUCGGCCCAAGUGGCUUGUGAAAGUUAGCGGGCUAGUUCUUGCAAUGCCAGUCUCAUGA